UCAGCUUCAUUGCUUCACCCGGCCUCUCUGUAUGCAGCUCAAAGUGACCCCUUCACCACGCCCAUCCUGGUCUUGACACUUCCUGGUUGUCCAGGCCUUCUCGGCAGGUCUGGUUUAGGCCGGGACACCCGAUUGCCUGAACUGGCAGACCUGACCCCUCUUCUCUCCAGUCGUCGUAGUCCAGUCAGGACAUUUAACCAUUGUUUAUUGGUUGCUGCGUUGUUGAUUAGCCUUUCACUCUUUGGGAUUUUUUCCUCCGAGUUCUCUCGUCUGGAAUCGAAAAAUUACUUUUCUAAGCCUGACUUCGUAGCUCCUUAA